AUGGUGAAAUGGUGGAAGAUCGUGAACGUGAAGACCCCGUCUAAGGGAGCCAGAUUAAGGGACGAAUUUCAAGAGCCCGUGUUUUCGCUUUCCGACAGAAAAGUAGAUUUCCUCUACAACCUUCUGGACUGGAUGGAGGAGUGGAAAGAAAGGACGAAGGGUUGCGAUAGUGGUACGCUGACGAAGGAAACCCAUGCUGCUCUGUACCAGACUACGCAAGGUCUCAUUGAGAUUUCCAGGUACUGCUUAGAUGAACUGAAGCUUACCUAUGUGCUGCAUGGCAAAAUACAGACCGAUUGCCUGGAAGACCGUUUCGGCAAAUACAGACAGCUAGCUGGCGCUCAAUACCAUGUGUCGAUAAGAUAUACAAUUAUAUCCCAGGCCAUUCUCCGGCGCGCCCUGGGCUCGGGUGCCAGCUGUCUGGGCCUGAUGAAGAAGGGCGUGGACAACGUGGCUUUUUUCCUAAGCUCUCUGGGCAAGCUGCACACCCUGGGAGUCCAGCUGGACUUGGCUCCGUUGUACCCGCCAGUACCGUGGCCGCUGCCGCGUGGCACCCCGAACAUCGGCCAUCUGGUCAGCUGGGACCACUCGCAACAAUGGAACGUCGUCUCCUGGAGCGACUUCCCGACGUUGUCGCAGGUUUCCGAAGAGGUUAUCGAGGUGGACCUGGAGUCCAACGAAGGCGACGCCUACAUAGCCGGUCACCAGCUUGACGGCCGCGUGUUGUUCCCCGCUACCGGCUACAUGGUCCUGGCCUGGAAGUCCCUCACCAAACGCUGUGGCAAGCCGUUCGACCAGGUGCCCGUGGUCUUCGAGGACAUCACUCUGCACAGGGCCACCAUCAUACCAAAGAGCGGCUCUGUGAAGUUCCUGGUGAACAUCAUGCGCGCCUCUGGCGAGUUCGAGGUGUGUGAGGCUGGCACUGUGGCUGCAAGUGGCCGCAUCCGCACGGCCGAAAAAGGCGAGAAGCUCCUGGAGAAGGAACCCCCGGGGCCACCUGCAGAGGCCGUCACCUACGAGCUCGAGGCCGACGACAUCUACAAGGAGCUUAGGCUUCGGGGCUACGAGUACCACGGUAGUUUCCGGGGCAUCAUCAAGGCUGACCUCAACACACGGCAAUACGGCAAGCUCAACUGGGCAGACAACUGGGUAACCUUCAUCGACACCAUGCUACAGUUCAGCAUCCUGGGCAACCCUGUGCGAACCCUCCGACUGCCGGUGCGGAUACAGUCCUGUCGCGUCGACCCUGAAGUCCACGCCAAGAUCUACGAGAAGGCCGGUGAUGCGGGCAUCGACGUUGUCUACAACCCAUACCUCAACACGUGUCUUGCUGGUGGCGUUGCCAUAACAGGCCUCAAGGCUAGCAUCGCCCCAAGGCGUGCCGUGCAGCAAACACCUCUCCUCGAAGAUUAUCAGUUUGUGUCAUACGUAGACGACGAGAAAGCCAGCAGCCAACGCGAAUCCCAAAUUCGCGAGUACGUUGAGGUGUGCUGCGGUGUCGCCCGGCGUGUCCUCGAGUCCUGCGGCAAGAACAAGGCUCAGAUCUCCGACGUCAUGAACGGCUUCCGUGAAGCUCCCGAGCAAGUCCUCAACCGAUACCUGGAGAACCCCGGCGAUAAUCACGGCCUCCUCAAGGUCCUGGCCACCAUCCAGAAACAGACCGAUGGCUCUGCCGCGUCUCUCGUUGCCACAGUUCAGUCCGCCCUGGCUGCCCACCAGGAGGACCUAGAUCGUGACUUCCUCAACACGGUCCUUUACGCAGAGGAUCCGCUGCGGCACCUCUUGGACGUCGUCGUCGAGAACACGAGCACCAAGAAGAUCCGCGUCCUCGAACUGGCUGACGGAGGCAGCACGCUGCUGGCGCCAUGGGUCACAGACCUGCUCCGGCUGUCCAACAUCCUUCUGAAGACCGACUACACCGUGGCCCACCCCGCUCCGGACAAGAUCGCGGCUGAGCUGCUACCCGAGGGAACGAAGACGAUUAAGUGGGACUGCACAUCGACCUCCAAGGACGGGCUACCCGAAGCUGAACUGAUUGUCUUGCGAAGCGUUAUCCUUACAUCGGGCCGUAGUCUGGACUCCGAGGCUGAGAAGAUAAACUCCCUAUGCAAGGAGAAUGGUUUCGUCCUGCUCGCACAGCGCACGGCCCUUACUCCGGCCGAGAUGUUCCUGUCGACCAUCAGCAAAGUACCGCUACGUUUCCACACAAGGAAGACCCUGGAAGCUGCAUUCCUUGCCAGAGGAUUCCGCGUGGUUGGCCUCAAAUCUAACAAUGUUUGCACGCUUCUGUUGCUCCGAAAGAGUGUGCCGGUCGACGUCACCAAGCAGGAGGUGAUCAGAGUCAAGAACACUGGCUACGACUGGGUCGAGCCUCUCAAAACAAAAAUAGCUGAGCUCGAGAACAGGCCCACCGGAGAAAACGUCUGGCUUUUCGGCGAGGAUGCGAAUAUCAGCGGAGUCGUAGGACUGACCAACUGCCUCAGGCAGGAAAGCGGAACUCAUGUUAGGUGCAUACUCAACGCUAGCGUCAAGGUGUCCAACAAGGUCACCGAUUUCAGGCCUAGCAAUCCAGAGUACAAAGAGAUACUGGAGAAGAACCUGGUCAUGAACGUCUACCGCGAUGGACAGUGGGGGUCGUACAGGCACAUAGUCACGCAGUCCCACGGACCACCGAAAGUUACCACACCGUACGCAUUCCUGAACGUGCAGACGCGAGGUGACCUGUCCAGUCUUCAGUGGUACGAGUCACCGCUGCGAUACGCUUCACCACUCACCAGUGUGAAUAGCGUCCUUUGUAGUGUCUACUACGCUCCGCUCAACUUCCGAGACAUUAUGCUAGCCACUGGAAAGCUUCCACCGGAUGCCUUACCCGGCAACCUGGCUACCUCCGACUGCGUCCUCGGCCUGGAGUUCUCCGGCCGUGACCCCCACGGUCGCCGAGUCAUGGGAUCCGUGGCCUCCCAAGGCAUGGCGACGGCCGUGAACGCCGAUCCGGGCUUCCUGUGGGAGGUACCAGAGUCGUGGAGCCUCGAGGAGGCCUCCACGGUUCCGGUGGCCUACUCAACCGCCUACUACGCCCUCGUGGUUCGAGGCAACAUGAGGCCCGGGGAGUCCCUGCUGGUCCACUCCGGAAGCGGAGGUGUUGGACAGGCCGCCAUCUCGAUCGCCCUUUCUAUGGGCUGCACGGUCUUCACCACCGUGG